UCUACUGAUAACGCCAUUUGUACACACUUGUUAACACUUGUACAAGUUGUACAUAGUACAAAGAUUUGUUUGUUAUUUCUAAAAUAAUCAGAAAUUUAUACGGAUAUUUAGAAAACUUAGAGAUCUGUAAUCAAUUUUAUGUAACUAUAUAAGUACACAUAUCUUAUAUUUGUACGAAUGAAAUUGUAAUUGAAAAAUAAAUUUCUGUCAGUUAUAUAUUUUGUAUUAUCGAAAAAUGGUUAACUUGGAAUUGUACAAAUUAAAACUAGAAGAGAUUAGGCAGUAUGCACGCGAAAACAAUAUUUCAGAAUCGGAAAUCCAGAAAACAUUAGAAAACUCCUUUCAUGUUCACAAAAUGAGACAAAAAAAAUAUAAUGCAUCUUACUGCUUAAAAAUCAUGAUAUUAGUUAUAUUUAUAAUUAUUGUGUGUUUUGCGUCUAUUAAUUGGAAUUUUUUAGUAAUUAUGACAAUGAGAAAUUUGCAAAAUUCUAUUUAUCCAAUGUUAAAAUUACUUAGAAAAACAGCUAUGCCAAUAAUUCACCAUUAUCCUUCUUUAUCUGAAUUCUAUGAUGAAUGGUGUAUAUUAGAAAAUCCAUAUUUCUAUGUAAAUGAUAUCGAUUGUUGGCCCUGUAGUGUUGUGCACUUUGUACCUGAUUUAACUGGUCACCAGAUAUCUAGAUCUUUUAACCCUGGAAUUCCUUAUAUAAAAUCAGAAAGUUUACCAGAAGUGCGUAUGAAAAAUAUUGAACAAUUAUAUUGGGAAAAUUAUGAAGUAUUUGAAAAGGAUGCUAUGAAAAUAUUUUCUAACAACUUGACAUACAGAAAUAUUCGAGAUGUUAUGGAAAGUAAAAUGGAUUUAAAUCUUUCUAAAAACUUAGAUAAUCAUGUCAUGUGGAGAAUUAAUCGUAUGAGAGCAGGAAGAAUCUUGAGAAAAUUGUUUCCAAAACCUGAAAGUGUUCCAGUUUGGUGGGAACAGAGCACAGAAAAAUUUAUCUUUCUUGAUGAACAAAAGUCUCCAUCUUAUUCUUUGCCACACCCUGAGUGUAGUAAUGUAGUGGUAAGAUGUACAACUGGUGCCAGAUUGAUAAAAAUGAUAUCAAGUCCAGAAUGUAGUGGGUCUUGUAAAUCUUUCACAGUAUUACUAUCUGCUGGAAAAACGUUGUGGUACAAUUGGUGGUACUGGCGGCCAAUUAGCCUUUCAGUUUUAAAUUCAACUAGUGUCUCCAUUAACUACAUGACUUCCUUUUGCUAAAUUACUUUGCAACAUUAUCUACAUUAUUAUCGAGUAAUUAUGUUACUAAAGAAUUUUUCUAUUCUCGUGACUCUAUUAAUUUUAAUUAAAAUGCACGUACAUAUAUUACAAAAUAAUUCCUUUCCAUUUGCAUAGUUAAUUUUUUCAGUUCUAUACUCAAGACAUGCCCAACGAAGUCGCUCAGGGGUAAGAUGAAAGUACACUGCCAACAGGGAAAUUCUUAGACAA